AGGCCCCUCCGCUGGGGCCCAGACCAACGCGGUGCCUUCGAAAAAGCACCUGACAUUCCACUUUUUUUUAUAUCGCUACAACCUCAAAGUCAGCUCACUUUUGCGCACCUUGACGUUUUGAGUUUUUCUCGUGUGCUACAACCCCGAGAUUGACCAGGUUAACGAACUUGCCUCGCCCGCUCCGCGUUCUGCCAGAUCCAGGGUCGCCUUCUGCAGCUCCCUGGCGGCUGCCGCUGGCCCUGGUGACCGCUCCUACUGGUAGCUCGCUUGGCAUUGGUCCGAAUAUUGGGCUUGGUGCCCAAGCCUUUUUUGGACCAACCGCACCCAACGAAACCUAACAGGGCAAGGGCGGGCUGAGAAGCCUGCCCCAUCCCAUCCGCGCUGGGAGUCUCAGCCUCCGUCACCGACACGUCCUUCAGGUGCGUUCGGUGCGUAAAAUGUACGUGCCGACAAGUUCGGGUGCAAGCGGGGCUGGGCUGCCUGCCAUGCACCUCUUGCUGAUCUUUGCGACCCGCCCUGCCCUGCCCUGCCACCCACACUCCCACCCACCCAUUCUUCCCUUUAACGCCCAGUGACGCCCAAGAAAGUCACUUGGCUCCAAGAAAUUAAUCCAUGACGGUCGGAAUGGCUCGCCGCGCUCCUUGUGGCUGCCGCCAAGAAUGACGGUCUUAGCAUCCUUCUCCAUGCAAUGCAACCGCAGGACAAGAAAAAGGGGGCGGAAAUCACCGUGGUAAGAAAAGAAAAACGUCGUUUCCAGGGCAAGGACCACCGCUUUUCGCAACCGCGCUGGAUAGCCCAGGGGUGUACACCAAAGAUCAGAAAAGAACCAGCCCAGACUCCUGUCCACGCGACAGACCCCCUUCAUCCGGGAGCAUCCACGAAUCGAGGUGGAGUUGGCAGGCAGGGGCUAUCCCGGCUUGCUUGAAUGUCGCCCGCACCGGUCCCCCUCCGCAUGCAAUAUUAGAUGGCAAUGCGCCCUCGUGAUGGGUAUUGCCUUUGAAUUGCUGCAAUGCUAUAACCCCUUUGUUAUUCCCAUCCCUUUUCCCUUUGACGGGCUUGGGCCUUAUUACCUUCACCUCCCUCCUGUCUGCCGUCGCAGUCUUCCUACCGUCUCGUCCUCGCAGCUCCUGAGCCGAACAUCGACACCCCAAACUACAAACACAAUGUCGUUCACUCUCUUUUCCUCCCUCCCGACUGAGCUCCGCCUCCAGAUAUGGCGAGCGAGCUUCCAACCUCGUGCUGUCGAGGUCAGGUACCAGCCUGAGACGGACGAGUGCCACACCAUCACCCACCCCCCGGCUGUGCUUCAGGUCUGCCACGAGUCGCGGGAAGAGGCGGCGCGGCACUACCGCAAGGCCUUUGGCACCAAAACACACGAGGCAACCAUCUUUUUCAACCCUUCCAUCGACAUCCUUUACAUCCCGCGCCACCGGCCCAUGGGCUACGAUGAGACUUCGCGAGAUUUCUCCAGCUACAUCCUCGAGACCGCUGCACACAUCGAGAGGCUAGCCGUCGACCACGUGCUCCCCGACGUUAAGCGCCCCUGGGAGACGUACAACAAGCUCUGUCUGAUGCUGGGACUUCCCAACCUGAAGGAAGCAUACAUCAUCAUUUCGACCGAGUCUGACGAUGGAAAGGCUGGUGCUGGCAUGGAGAUUGAGCUCAUCGACCCCAAGGAGGACCAGGCCGCUAUUCUGCGGCUGAUGGAGGACAUCGAGCAAACCUACUCCCACGAGAUCGGCGAGAUCUUCUGGGAGAAGGAGGGAGAAGUCGAGGACGUGACUCCGGGCGACGAACAGCAAGACUUCAACGAUCACCACCACAACCACCAUCUCACGUACCCUCCGAUUGUUCCCAAAGCCAAGCUCUCUCACGUCUGGGAGAAGCACAGUCCCUUGGUCAACUGCCUUUGAGCAAAGGCGGGACACUCAAAAUCACCUACGAUCUCAACAAGCAAUACGAUUUCCUAAUAUUCGAGCUCCAGUCCGUCGCGGACUGCAGCUGGCACUGUAUGAUACGACCGGACGACACGACGACCAGCGUUGGCUUUCCACAGCAUCCUUCAAUGGACGGCAGGGUUAAAAAGGGUCCGGACAAAAUUAGACGGUGGACUUUUCACUGACGGCGGCAGUAAUGGCUAUUUAAUGUUUAUUGCUUUUAUGGUUUGCGCGGUGCUUUUGCAGAUAGUUAGGGGCCUUAGAUUAGCCAUAAAGCACCACCAUCUUUAUUGCAAUAUUUCCUUCUGCAGCA